CUCUCUCCUGGGGUUUUGAUUUCAGUUCUGAGGUGGCACCGGUCCAGGCGCUGUGGUUCCGCGGUUCUGUUUCCCAGGGACGGAGCCAAGUUGCUGUCUGCCUCCCCGGAGCCUGGGUUCAUGAACGACACAAAGAGCCCGGGGCCAGGCUGCAGAGGGGAGGCUGGGCACUGGGGCCACUCGGCCUGGGCUGCCCUCACCUCGGGAGACGGACAGACAGACAGACCCACUUUGUGUGCUGGACACAUCUCUGUGGGUCCUCUGUUCUGGGGACUCGGCUGCCACCACCAGGCACUGGCCCAGCCGGAGGAGUGGCCGCAGCCUCCCCGGGCCUGGCUCCUCUCGGACAGGAGGCCGGCUUCUCUCUGGGGGCUCUGGCCCCCGGCCCAGGCCAGAAGGGCAGGGAGAGACUGCAGGUUCAUGAACCACCGGGUGCCCGCCCACCAGAGGUACCAGCCCACGGAGUACGAGCAUGCGGCCAACUGUGCCACCCACGCUCUCUGGAUCAUCCCCAGCUUCCUCGGCAGCUCCAACCUCUACCUCCUGUCGGACGACGUCUGGGAGACCGUUUCCGCCUGGAUCUACGGCCUGGGCCUGUGCGGGCUCUUCGUGGUGUCCACCGUGUUCCACACGGUCUCCUGGAAGAAGCGCCACCUCAGUUGUUUGUUUGUUUAUGGGCUGUUGGUUGUAUGUGCCCUGAUCGGGGACGAACCUGCAAACCUUGGCUAUCAGGACGCCACUCUCACCAGCUGGCCGGCCUCCUGCCUCCCCUCCGCGCCGAGACAGCCAAGUGGCUCAUUCCGUCUCCCGAUUGCUCACGUGUCACUUUCUCUCUGUGUCUCUCCACACGUGUCCCAUGAGAGUCCAUGUCUCACCACAGCGGACAGAUCUGCGGGGACAGUGUCCCGGGCUGGCCAGCCACACAGGGCCCUGCAGGGCCAUGCAGUGCCGGCCGGGGCCCCUCAGACUGUGCCCUCGGGUCUCCGCAGGCUGAACCUCCGGGAGCUGGGCCCCUGGGCCGCCCACAUGCGCUGGCUGGUCUGGGUCAUGGCCUCCGUGGGCACCGUCUAUGUCUUCUUCUUCCAUGAGCGGUACAAGCUCCUGGAGCUGCUGUGCUACGUGGUCAUGGGCUUCUUCCCCGCUGUGGUCAUCCUUUCGAUGCCCAACACCGAGGGCCUCUGGGAGCUGGUGACCGGAGGGGCUUUCUACUGCCUGGGCACCGUGUUCUUCAAGAGCGACGGCCGGGUCCCCUUCGCCCACGCCAUCUGGCACCUCUUUGUGGCCUUUGGUGCCGGCACCCACUACUAUGCCAUCUGGAGGUACCUCUACCUGCCCAGCACCCUGCAGGCCAAGGUGUCCAAGUGAGGCGGCCCCGACGGCGUCAUGGGAGUGUUCCUGCGAACUUCAGCCCAGAGCGGGCGCCCCGGCCGCUGCCCUCCCGCGGACGGUCCGAGGUCGCUGCCUGUGGUGGCUACACCGUCCCUCAGCCCCAGGUGAGAAAGGAAGCCUUGGUCAGGGCUGAGGGGGAUUAACCCUGUGAUGCAUCUACUCCCCACGAGUGUCUCCUGCCACAGUGGACGUGAGCACCUGCGGGGAGGGAGCGGGCUGCCCUGCAGGUGGCAGAGUCGGGCCAGUGCCUCCUCGCG